UUCUGAAACAGGAAGUCAUUUCAAAGGGCGGCGCGUUUGAAUUUUGGCUCCUUUGUGACUUUGCUAUGGAAAGCAGCAACGGGCGGCCUUGUGCCCGGCUCAUUUUAUCAGGUGUUGUGGCAUAUGUUGAUGUGUGGUCAUCUAAUAGAACAGAAAACUACUCCAAAGGUUUUAUCCAACAACUGCUCGAUAUGGGAGCAAAAGUUUCCAAGACUUUCAGCAAACAAGUGACUCAUGUAGUCUUUAAAGAGGGACACUGGUCUACAUGGAAUAAAGCACAGAAGACUGGGAUUAAACUAGUUUCGGUACUUUGGGUAGAAAAGUGCCGAGAAGUUAGAGCAUGUGUUGAUGAAUCGUUGUAUCCUGCAAUAAAUACUAAUGAAGGUUUGCCUCAACAAAUUAGAAAACAUAAAUGCAUGCAACCCAGAGACUUUGUUGAAAAAACUCCAGAAAAUGAUCGGAGAUUGCAAAAAAAGCUGAGGACUAUGGCUAAAGAUUUAGAGGUACAGAAAGCAACCACAGAGGUGGAUAUACCAGUUUUAUUGUUUGAAGAUGAUGGUUCGCUAUUUUAUAGCCCAACAAGUAAAAUUCAGUACGAAAGCAGUUCAAUGGAAAAAAGAAUAAUGGAUAUGAAGGAGAGGAGAGAAAAUCUUUCUCCUACUGUAUUUUUAGCUUCACAGAUGUCUCAGGUAUCUGGUUCCAGUUCUGUUCAAGCAACGCAAGAACCAGUUAUUGUUUCUGCAAGUUCAACUUGGGUGUUAUCAGAAGAAGAGAGUGGUGGCUCUUUAAACUCCAGCUUCACUAACCUCUGGGGAAACUCUGAACACAAGGGUCUUUGGAAGGACUCUUCUAAAUCUUCACUGGAAGUUUUAAAUACUCCUGUUUCUUCAGCUGCUUUAGGUGGCUCCCCAUUCCUCACAGAUGACUGGAACCAUGCAAGUCCAAAACAGCCUAGGGACAAACAUUUACAAAAAAGGCGGAUUCGGCCAAAAACUUUGGAAAGGGAUUUCCUUAACAAAAGAGCUGAAUCUGAAAUGCCCACUCCAGAAAAACACGAUGAUAGGAACGAUCAUCUUCCUCAUAAAAAAAAGUUGGACUGCAGACGAUCUUCAGAAAAAGUGAUCCAGGUGGAAAUUGCUGAAAGUUCCAAUGACCACUCACAUUCAGAAACGGAUGCUGAAUACUUCACUGAUUUCGCUUCAACAAAUCUUACGUUUUCCCCGUUGAAAAGUAACUGUGUCUUUGGUAGCAAACAGACACCUAAAAGGAGAUCAAGAAUUAAACUGAACACUUCAGCGUUAUGCAGGCGAGAUUCUGAGAAUGACUUUUUGAAAGCAGUGCUCACUCCGAAUAAAUCUACCAAAGAUCAGGGUUCUUCUUAUGAAGAUUACUUUUCAGAAUCUAAUUUAAAUAGAGGUAAAGUUAGUCUUCCUUUAUCAAGCCUGCAGAAAUUGCAGAGUUCCAGUGAAAGAGUUUACAAAUGUAGCCCUUCACAAAGUGAGCAAGGGGCCAUGCUGCAAAAAUCCAGUACAAAUGAGAAAUCUGUGAGCAGAAAGAGGAAGAAAGUGGCUGAGAAUAAUGAGAAUGUUGCUGGAAGUAGCUACAUACAGUCUGUAUUUCCUAACAGUAAAGAGAGUGCAACUUUAAACUGCAUGUUAGAGGGUGAAAAAGUGAACACUGCAGAAAGCCCAGAAUAUUUUCUGAAUCUUGAUGUUCAACAAAAGAUGCACAUCACUGUUGCAAAUAGAUGCCAUCUUACAACUGGAGAUGAAAACAAAUUGUGUAAGUUUGAUGGCAACGAUGACUAUCUGGAAGUGCGUGAACCCAACAAGAAAUUACAAACCACUGGAAGAAUCAAAAAGCCAUUGAGAACAUUAGUCAUGACAAGUAUGUGUUCUGAGCAGAAGAAUACAGUUGUUCAAGUGGCAAAGAAGUUGGGAAACUUUCUGUUUUCAAAUGAAGUGUGUGAAAAUACCAGCCAUGUGAUUUCAGGAAGUCCCCGUCGUACCUUAAAUGUACUCCUGGGAAUUGCUCGAGGCUGCUGGAUUGUCAGUUUUGAAUGGGUGUUGUGGUCUUUGGAAUAUGGCCACUGGAUUUCAGAAGAACCAUAUGAACUUUCAGUGGAUUUCCCUGCAGCUCCUAUCUGUCGAGUUCAGCAGUACUUAUCUGAGACCAAUAAUAAGAAACUGUUUUCAGAUCAGCCUGUAAUGUUUGUUUCACUUACCAGCCAGCCUCCCUUUUACAAACUCUGUGAGUUAAUACAGCUUUGUGGAGGAAAAUUGUGCAAAACUAUCCGACAGGCUGAAAUCUGCAUUGGUAAAUGCAGGGUUGGAAGGCAUAGAGGGAUACAGUGUUUAUCAGAAAAAUGGAUAUUAGAUUCAGUCAUCCAGAAUAAGAUUUGUCCUCUUGGAAGAUAUAUAUAUCAGAACAAGGAUUAGGAAUUAACCACUCUCAUGCUUUAUUCUUUAAAUGUAAUGGCUUGAAACAUUUUAUAAAGCCAAGAAGAAUGAUUAGAACAGACGCAUGAAAACUCCAUGAAGCAAGAAGGGAAAGGAGCCAGUGAGUCUGAGGCUCACAGUUGAUGUCUCCAUGCCUGCUUAAAAUAACAGUUGAACAAUCCCAGAAUUCUGAGUUUGAACAUGACAGAAGUAAAUGUGUUGAUUUAGGUCUUGUGUGUUCAUUGGAUAUUGUAUUGCAAUGCAAGCAGAUUCAUUUGAUGUUUAUGAAAUUGGCAUAUAAUUUUGGAAGAUAUCUUAGAUGCUGGCAAAUAUUCUUGCUUUUUAUUUAAGAAAAACAGCCUCUGCCUUUAUAUUAAUUUUUCAGAGGCCAACAGAAGGCUUAUCUAUAAAUGAACGGGCAACCACAUGAACCCCUUUAUUAGUACGUAAUAUACCAUGGACGGGAAUAGAAAUAUUUUAAUAACGAGUGAUAUGUGAACAUGUAAUUCCUGAUAAACAGUAGAAUAUGCUUUUUACAGUGAUAUUUUUAAAGUUUGUGUACUUUUUUAGUUUUCUCAUAAAUGUUUUACACACAGAUAACUGUCAUCACUAAUUUAUGUAACCUAACAUUCCAAAUUGGCUUUCUCAUAAAUUCUCUUGAAAUGAAUCUCAAGCUGUGUAUAAUGCAAUCUCUUGGGAUAUCUGCUGGUUUUUAUUAGCCGUGUAUGUAAGAGAUUUUACAGUGGAAUUCUAAUAAAGACAUCUACCAAGUAUUUAA